AUGUUUGGAUCUACAAAAAGAGAUUUACGAUUUGGAAGUGAGGUUGCAUGUGAGGAAGCUUUUAGCGACCCGCCUCGAACGUCACAAGAUGAUACCUCUAAGCAUGAAAUGUCCUGUUAUAGAUUUGGAGCUAUAUUGCUUGUCUUCUUUUUCACUUCAUCCAAGCUUACCAAGGUUGGAGAAGACAAGAAGAGACGCAUCGAAGCCGAGUUCAAGGAGGGUGGACAAAGAAAUUGGAUACAAGUGGUAUCUAAUAGUGGUAUCGCUACAGUUUUGGCAUUGGCUAUUUGGAGAUUGGCAGGAUGGGAGGACAAGUGCUUGGAUGGAAAAGAAUCGGCUCUUAUCACAUCUCUCAUUGGAGGUAUUAUUGGUCACUAUUCAUGCUGCAAUGGAGACACUUGGUCUUCCGAGCUUGGUGUCCUUAGCGAUGCGCAACCUCGAUUGAUCACGACCUUUAAGAAGAUAUCUUCUGAGAAAUUCAACAAAUGGAAUAAAGAAAAGAGCAACAAGCAAGAGAGUGAAGAUGGAGACUACAGAGCAUUGGAAAAGUUAUGGUGGUCUGUGGGGUUUAGGAGGGGAGAGGAACAUAGAGAGGUAAACAUGGAGGAGGAUAUUAAUGGGGGUCACAGAGAAGGGGAAGAAAGUGGGCAAGGAGCGCCUGUUCGGAGGGGUACAAAUGGUGGUGUCACGUUAGCAGGACUUCUAGCAGCUGCAGCAGCAGGAAGUGUUAUUGGGCUUGCAUUCGUCCUCUUGGGACUUUUUACGACGAAAUGUGUGUUUGAUGUAGCUCUGAAGCAGCUCUUAGUUAUACCUGUUGCUGCACUGGCAGGAUUAUGUGGGAGUCUGAUAGACUCUCUGUUGGGAGCUACAUUGCAAUUCAGUGGAUUCUGCACUGUUCGUAACAAAGUUGUUGGCAAAUCUGGACCAACAGUGAAGAAGAUUUCAGGACUCAGCAUCCUUGACAACAAUGCUGUGAACCUUGUUUCUGUCCUGUUGACCACAUUGCUGACUUCCAUUGGCUGCUCAUACAUUUUCUGA